CAUUUUCAAAGAAUAAAAAAACCCCAUUCAUGGCAUUAGCACAUUCUCAAAUCUUCGUAGUACUUUUCGUGAUUUCUUGUUUUGUUUUUCCUGUUGUAUUAGGCUAUAGGACCAACGAUGUGAGAUCGUGGUGCGGCAAAACUCCAAACCCGGUGCCGUGCGAGUAUUUUUUGAGCAAUGAUCAAAAAAAUAUACCGAUCAAAGAUGAGCCCGAUUUCCUCGAAAUCUCCAUGCACCUUGCCUUAAAGCGUGCCACUCAUGCCGAAAGAAACGCGUAUUCGUUGGGCCCGAAAUGCCGAAACGAGCGUGAAAAGGCUGCAUGGUCCGAUUGUUUAAAGCUCUAUGAGCUAACCAUUCUUAGUCUCAACAAAACUGUUGACUCCAGCCCUAAUCUCAACAAAGAGGAUCGUCAAACAUGGCUCAGCACGGCUUUAACCAACCUCGAAACGUGCCGGAACGGGUUUAUCGAACUCGGUGUCCCGGAUACCUUCCUCCUGAUGUCGAACAACGUGUCCAAGCUAAUCAGUAACACCCUGGCUCUCAACAAGGCACCUUACAAGGAACCGACGUACAAAGAUGGGUUCCCCACGUGGGUGAAACCCGGUGACAGGAAGCUGUUGCAGUCUUCGUCUCCGGCUCCUCGGGCAAAUAUCGUCGUAGCGCAGGACGGUUCAGGGAAUUAUAGGACAAUAAAAGACGCGAUAUCCGCCGCUUCGAAGCGGUCCGGGAGUGGAAGGUACGUGAUACACGUGAAGGCUGGCACGUACAGGGAGAACAUUGAAAUAGGAAGCAAGCUGGAAAAUAUUAUGAUGGUGGGCGAUGGUAUUGGGAAAACUAUCAUCACUGGGAGCAAAAGCGUCGGAGGAGGAUCCACUACGUUCAAUUCAGCCACUUUUGCGGUUGUUGGAGAUGGGUUUAUUGGUCGUGACAUUACGUUCAGAAACACCGCCGGUCCUAGAAACCACCAGGCGGUGGCUCUGCGUUCAGGCUCCGAUCUCUCGGUGUUCUACAGAUGCAGCUUCGAAGGGUACCAAGACACUCUUUACGUCCAUUCCGAGAGACAAUUUUACCGAGAAUGCAACAUCUACGGAACCGUCGAUUUCAUAUUUGGUAACUCAGCUGUUGUGUUACAAAACUGCAACAUAUAUGCACGGAAUCCCCCUAAUAAAACCAAUACCGUGACCGCUCAAGGCCGGACUGACCCGAACCAGAACACCGGAAUUAUAAUCCACAACUCUAGAGUUACGGCAGCCUCCGAUUUAAGGCCGGUGCAGGGCUCGGUCAAAACAUACCUAGGGAGACCAUGGAAACAAUAUUCAAGGACUGUUUUCAUGAAAACAUACCUCGAUAGCCUGAUUAACCCCGCCGGUUGGAUGGAAUGGGAUGGUAAUUUCGCGCUUAACACGUUGUAUUACGCCGAGUACAUGAACACUGGCCCCGGUUCGUCCACGUCCAAUAGAGUCCAAUGGAGAGGUUACCGUGUUCUUAGGAGCGCAAGCGAGGCGUCAAGGUUUACCGCCGGUGAAUUUCUCGCCGGGAAUUCUUGGUUGGCUAGCACUGGUGUGCCUCACACUUUGGGGCUCUAAUUUAAUGCAAUUGUAUAUGUAUGAGUAUGAUAAA